CAGCGCGUCGAGUAUGUACGUCUAAACGUUGCUCCACUGUUGUUGCACCUCUACAUCUACAGCCACAUACACUUCUGUCCAGACACCACUGCCGCUACUGCUGCGAUAGAACGGCGACACCUGACCUCUCGCUUCCAUCAUCCGCCGCUGCGAGGAAAGGUCUCUCGCGCUCGCAGCCCAGACUGCCCACCGACUUCACCACGGCCGACCUCAACUCGAUCUCGCGCGCGACUCGAGUGGCCUCGCAGCUAACGACUGCACGGGCAAUCCUUUGGGAUAAGACAUAUACGGGCAAGGAACCGCCCGAUAUCCGACUGCUCCCGACGCACGUAUCCACCCUCAGCGUCGCCAACCGAACCGACAGUAACAUCUCGGUGCGAUCACUGGGCGGCAGCCACAAGGUCGAGCCCAUGGACAAGCGCCAUCCUUCCAGCUUCCAGCAGCUGGAGAAGCUGGGAGAGGGUACCUAUGCGACGGUCUUUAAAGGUCGCAAUGGACAGACCGGUCAGUUCGUAGCCCUCAAGGAGAUUCACCUCGACAGCGAGGAGGGCACUCCCAGCACAGCAAUUCGCGAGAUUUCGUUGAUGAAGGAGUUGAAGCACGAGAACAUUGUCAGCUUGUACGAUGUUAUCCACACCGAGAACAAGCUCAUGCUGGUGUUUGAGUACAUGGACAAAGACCUCAAAAAGUACAUGGACAGCUACCAAGGUCCAGCCGGUGGUGCACGAGGUGCACUCGACCCAGCGAUUAUCAAGAGUUUCAUGUGGCAACUGCUCCGUGGUAUCGCUUUCUGCCACGAGAACCGCGUGCUCCACCGCGACUUGAAGCCUCAAAAUCUUCUGAUCAAUGCGCAAGGUCAAUUGAAACUCGGCGAUUUUGGACUCGCCCGUGCCUUUGGAAUUCCUGUCAACACAUUCUCAAACGAGGUAGUGACCUUAUGGUAUCGCGCACCUGACGUGCUUCUGGGCAGCCGCACGUACAACACCAGCAUCGACAUCUGGAGCGCUGGUUGUAUCAUGGCGGAGAUGUUCACUGGCAGGCCAUUAUUUCCAGGAACUACGAACGAAGACCAACUUCUCAGAAUCUUCCGGCUCAUGGGCACGCCGUCAGAGCGGAGCUGGCCUGGUAUCAGCAGUUUCGCAGAGUACAAGCAGACCUGGCCCGUCUAUGCCACUCAAGAGCUGCGGACUAUACUUCCCCAGAUUGACACACUUGGACUACAGCUGCUUGGCCAACUGCUACAGCUUCGGCCGGAGAUGCGUUGCACCGCACAACAAGCUUUGGCCCACCCAUGGUUCAACGAAAUACGUUCGCAAGCAGCUACGUCUGGCGCAUUUGCUGCUCCCCUACCAGGAAUGGCUGUAAGUCAGCAGCGAGCUUACUGAUCGAUGCCUGCUCCCGAUUACCCGCGAGAAAAGACCACUCAUGUCUGAAUAUGAGCCGACAUAACGUUAAUAAAAGUAACGACGACUCGAGGGUCGCAGUGGCAGAGCAAUACCCACCGCCGCCGUUGCUUACCUGGAGUUCCUCGCUGCAUCCAACACGCGAACCCUCCUCUCUUGCUGCCGGGGUUAUUGCUAGUCUUCUCUGUCGACUCAAGCACGUACGCGCGUCGGUGAACAAAGGCUCAUUUGCCGAUGUGAGCAUCGCCUGGAGCGAUGAUCUAAAAUGGAAGCACUGUGACCUUGUCACAGCUCCUGCAGUGAUACGCUGCCUCAAUGCACGGACGCGAACGUGAUCACAUUUGACAUGCCAUAGCAUCAAACGAAGACUAGAGCUUCUGCAGAUUAACGAACUUGACGUAAUUCCACAGCACUUGUUCACACAAUGCACAAGAUAGGCCAUUCGCAGCUCAUUGCAGACUGUCCUUGCCUUCGCAGAGUGUUGCACAAUUCUUGACGCCGGGUGAUUC